CAUCCUCUAUAUAAAUAAGUGAAACAUACUCUCAUUAUAUACAUAUAGCACUAUAUUGCUAUACAUAUAAACCAAUAUUGCUCAACACAAUUAAUGGCAACACUCAUUGCUAUCGACAAUGCUUCUCCAAUUGAAGACGCCGAGCUUCUUCACAAAGCUUGUAAAGGAUGGGGCACUGAUGAGAAGGCCAUCAUUAACAUAUUGGGCCAUAGAAAUGCAACUCAAAGGAAGCAAAUCAGAGAAGCUUAUGAGCGGCUCUAUGAAGAGGAUCUUAUCAAGCGUCUUGAGUCCGAGCUUUCCGGUGACUUUGAGAAAGCUGUGUACCGUUGGAUCCUGGACCCGGUAGACAGAGAUGCAGUAUUGGCCCACGUAGCGAUCAAAAAGUCAGAGGCAGAUUUCAGGGUUUUGAUUGAAAUUUCAUGCAUUUAUUCGCCUGAAGAGCUUUUGGGUGUGAGAAGGGCAUACCAGAGUCGCUACAAACGUUCCCUUGAGGAAGACUUGGCUGCCCAUACCACUGGUGAUCUCCGCAAGCUGUUGGUGGCGUUGGUGAGUGCAUAUCGAUACAACGGGGAAGAGGUUAAUGCAAGGUUGGCGGAUGCGGAAGCUGACAUAGUUCACAAGGCAAUCAAAGACAAUUGCUUCAACAACGAUGAACUCAUUAGGAUUCUUACCACAAGGAGCAAGCCCCAGCUCAAUGCCACCUUCAAUCGCUACAGAGAAGACCACAAAACUUCCAUCUCUAAGGAUUUGUUGGGUGAUUCUGGUAAUAGUUUUCAGAAAGCACUACAUACCACAGUUCGUUGCAUAACUGAUCCCCACAAGUAUUAUGCAAAGGUGGUGCGUGAUGGAGUGAAGAAGAUGGGAACUGAUGAGGAUUCAGUGACUCGUGUGAUAGUGACAAGAGCUGAAAAAGACUUGAAGGACAUCAAAGAGGUUUACUACAAGAAGAACAGCAUUUCGCUCGAUGAUGCUAUUGCCAAAGACACUUCUGGGGAUUACAAAGACUUUCUCCUCACUCUCCUUGGAAAACAGGACCAUUGUCACUAAUUUCUAAUAGCAGUUCUUCAAAUAAUAAAUAUUAUGCAGCCUUUUGGCUUAAUAUGAUAGUAAUUUUUCUUUGUUUUUAUUGCUGAGUUGAGUACUGUUUUUACUGCUGAGUUGAGUACUCUGUUUUCUUUGUGGUGUUCUCUUAUGAUUUUAAUGGACUUGUAUGUUUCAACUUUCAAUUAAUGCUAUUUUUAGUUAUGGGCGUAUCUUUUUAUUA